AGUGAGAACAUGAUUUAAGUUGGUAUCUACCUCUCGUCCAUGUGUCACUGUGCCAAAAUUCAAACAUCUUCCCGCCACUGAGAGCUGCUGUGUUGUUUACAACCAUCGAACAUAAAGAAGAAAACAGUUCAGCUGUAAAGAAGAAGACAAAACAUGUCAGAGUUUUCAGAGAAAGAGUGGAAAAAAGCUCUGACUUCCAUCCUCGAGGAGCUGGAUGAUCCUCAGUACAAAAAGAUGCUGGAAUAUCUGGAAAGAAUCCCCAAAGGACAGAAAAUGGAGGGGUCCAAAGAAAAGAUGCCCAAAACGAUCAUUGAGUACUAUGGAUUCUCUGAGUCCGUUUCGGAGAUCAAUGAUGCAAUGAAUCAGGUCCCAAGGAGGGACUGUGCAGUCCAGGACCUGCUGUCCCCCUUUGUGAACAAACUGAGGGAAGAAAAUGAAAAACAGAGCAAAGGGAAGAAGAGGAAACAUGAAAGUGACUCAGAGUUAAAGGACAAGAAUCAAAAGCCUGCAGCUGGGUUUAAGAAGAACAAUGUCAAAAGUGACUCAGAAUCUUCAGAUGAAGAGGAAGACUCUGCUGCUGAUCAACACAAGAACUGCAAACCUGUCGAGGAGAGAAAGAAUCAAACCUGGAGAAAAACCAUCAAUGAUCUAAACACUGGUGGCGACCUCGGCCAAAAAGCCAUAACUGUAAGAGUUGUGCAGAAAUCUGUUCUGCGCUCAUAUCAAACACAAGAGAAGGUGGAAAAGCUCUUCUUUUACCUGGUAGUUGCUGAUGAGACAGGCAGCAUUAAAAUGAUGGUGUAUGGAAAAGAGCACUAUCAAAAAAUCAUAGAAAACCACUCCUAUUUGUUUAAAAAUGUAAUUCUGGAAAAGAGUGGUUACUUUCAUGAGAAAAUGAUCAAAGUGAUCGAAUACAGCACAGUGUCAAGGAUGAGCGAUGUUGAUGUUCCAGAAGAGAUGAAGUUGGACGCUCAGAGACUCAUUUAUCGCCAGAAUCCGGUUCACUCCAUCACAAAGGCCAAAGAGUUUGCUAAAAAGACAACAUUGACAACAGUGAGCGUCAAAGGAAAAGUUAUGAAUAUUGGUUCUGUCACACCCGUCAUUUUGAAGAGCACACAGGAGAAGAAAGAGAGGCAGGAUUUCACACUUAAAGACGACACAGAUGAAAUCAGGAUCAGCUUGUGGGGUGAAGACAUAAAUCAGUUCAGAGGAAUAUCUGAUGGAGACUUGGUUGAGGUGACCAACACAAAGACUAAGUGCUACUUUGAGACAGUGUCGCUGAAUUCAACUGAUUUCACCAGGAUUUUCAGGGUCCAAAGUGCUGCUGCCCAGCCUGUGAAAAUCGAGAUUAUUUCAAUCACAAGCGCUAACAAGAAAGAGACUAACCUGGAGGCAGUGUUUGAAGGCGAGCUGCAGGCGUUUGUUGUGUCUUCUAAACACCUGGCAAAGGCGUUUGGUGUCAAACUGGGGUGUGACUUUGAGGAAAACCUCCUUCAAAUAAAACCCCUCUCAGCGAAGGCAGAAAUACAAGGAAGUAAGAUUAAUAAAAUCAGAGCUGGUUAGAAGAAUGUUUUUCUGUCAGAUAAACAUUUUUGAUAAAGGUCCUUUAAAUUUGUCAAUUAAAGAGCAGCGACCAAGAUCUGGAAUGCCUGAGAGAUCUUACUUAUUUGUUGAUCCAAUCCCCUACAAUAAUGUUUUCAGCAUUAAGGAAAAAAAACAUGUUUCAGCAGUAACCCAUAAUCAAUUAUUUCUCUUGGGCAGGCGGGUGAUUUCUCUGAUUUUAAUCCUGUCUGGAGCUCAAAACUGUAAAACUGCAGCUCAAAUUACUUAUUGUUUGUCAGUGAACGUCUGUGAUAGUAAUCCUGUUCUGUGAUCCAGUCCUCAGCUUGUGGGAGGAAUUAGAUUUUCUGUAGACUUAGAAUGGGACCAUGGUUUAAUGUUUCUCUGUAGCUGUAGAUGUUUGAAUUAUUCUGUUUAAUCAGCUUUUAUUGAACAUUUUGAUGAUUAAUUCUCCUCAUAUAUCCAUGGAGGAUUUUCUUUAGAUUCAUCAUAAGGUCAUAAUCAGAAUAUUGUGCAAUUGAUUGUAUUGGUGUUUGUUUUGAAUUGUUUAUCUGUUGACUGUGACUGAAGAGUUUCUACCUGAUUUGAUUUACUUGUGUCUGUUUGUUCAUCUACAAUAAAGACUUCAGUCUAA